CAAAUGGAGAUGGUCGAGCUUGGAGAGAGUUGAGUUGAUACUGUUUGGAAUUAAUUUUAUGUUUGUGUUGCAAGUGGUGAUAUGAUAUUAAAAAAAUUACAAUGCUGAUAUUUGGUAUUUGUUUCUUUAUAAUUUCUUCAACGACGCUAGUUUUCGCAGAAUACUACAGUGACUAUGAAUGCAAUACACCUUUGUUUUCGAGAGCAGCUAUUACAGCUACUUCUUUUAUGAACGAAAGAGGCCCCAGAGAAGCUCAGUUACACGGUGGAUCGGCUUGGAGUCCUCAAGAAAGUACUUAUUUCGAAAAACUAACAUUCGACUUGGGUUACCGUUUCCAAAUUCGUUCCAUAGCUACGCAGGGACGCGGUGGAGGUAGUCACGAAUUCGUUACAGAAUAUAUUAUAGAAUACUCGGACGACGGUGAAGGUUGGAAGAGUUUUGAUGACUCCCAGGGAGAGACUGAGAUGUUCCCGGGAAAUGUGGACGGUGAUACAGUUCACAAAAAUGAAUUUGAAGUGCCCAUUAUUGCUCAGUGGAUAAGAAUAAACCCCACUAGAUGGCGAGAUCGUAUAUCAAUGAGAGUAGAACUUUUUGGCUGUGAAUACGAGGCUGACAAUAUGCAUUUCAAUGGAAGCUCGUUGUUGAAAAAAGAUUUAUUCAGAGAACAGGUGUCGGCGUCGAAGGAAAGUUUCAAAUUCCGCUUCAAAACGACGUAUCCCAAUGGUGUGCUAUUUUAUAGUAGAGGAACUCAAGGGGAUUUCGUGGCGCUUCAGUUGCGUGACAAUAGGAUGCUAUUGAAUAUUGACUUGGGUUCUGGCGUAGUUACGAGUCUAUCUGUAGGCAGUUUGCUGGACGACAAUAUUUGGCACGAUGUUGUUAUAUCGAGAAAUAAGCGAGACAUAUUAUUUUCCGUUGACAGAGUCGUAGUUACUGAUAAAAUCAAAGGAGAAUUUGAAAGAUUAAAUUUAAAUAGAGAUUUUUACAUAGGAGGUGUUCCGAAUAUUCAAGAGGGUUUAGUCGUUGUACAAAAUUAUACAGGAUGCAUGGAAAAUUUUUACAUAAAUUCUACAAAUCUUUUCAAAGAAGUCAGAGAAUCCAUUGAUUACGGUGAUAGCUUUAAAUACGAAAGGAUCAACACAUUGUGGAAUUGUCCAGAGCCUCAAAUAGUCCCAGUAACAUUCAAAACACAACAUUCAUUCGCGAGGUUAAAAGGCUACGAAGGAAUGUCCUCUAUGAAUUCCUCUUUCGCUUUCAGAACUUACGAAGAUAAUGGACUUUUGCUGUAUCAUGCAUUUUCUACAAGUGGUUACGUAGCCAUCUACUUAGAAUUCGGUAAACUCAAAGUCGAAUUAGUAUCUCCGAACAAUCCCAAAGUAAUUUUCGACAACUUCGACGAGACAUUCAACGAUGGCCGAUGGCACACCGUCGUCUUGACGAUUCAAACGAACAAAAUUAUCUUCAGCGUCGAUUACAGACCAAUGAUCACAACUCGAGUACUGAAAAUAGUUACAGGCGGAUUAUACUUUAUUGCCGGUGGAGUUACAGUUCAAUUGGGCUAUUCAAACACCGUGUUUCCCGGUUUCGUCGGUUGCAUGAGAACGAUUAGAAUCGACGGCAACAGCAAACUGCCCACCGAUUGGACCAAAGAGGAAUACUGUUGCGGAGAAGAGGUCGUCUUCGACUCCUGUCACAUGACCGACAAAUGCAACCCGAAUCCCUGUCAACACGGCGGCAUUUGCAAACAGAACUCAAUGGAGUUCUUCUGUUUGUGCAAGGGCACCGGUUACGGCGGAGCGGUGUGUCACACAUCGAUCAAUCCUCUAUCCUGCUUGGCGUACAAACACGUGCAAGAUGGCGGUCAGGUCGGUCAACGGGCCGAUAUAAAAAUCGACGUGGACGGUAGCGGGCCGUUGGCGCCUUUUCCCGUCACCUGCGAAUUCUACGCCAGCGGUCACGUUGGAACUAUUCUGCAUCACAGCAACGAAGAGACCACACCGGUAGACGGUUUUCAAGAACCGGGAAGUUUCAUUCAAGACAUUCACUACGAGGCCAACGACGAUCAAAUUGCCGCUUUGGUUAACCGGUCGACUAGUUGCCGACAGUCUAUUCAGUACGCUUGCAGGGGUGCUCGAUUGAUGAAUUCGCCGUCCGAAGAAAAUUUAUUCCAACCGUUCUCUUGGUGGGUGUCUCGACACAAUCAAAAGAUGGAUUAUUGGGGCGGAGGGUUGCCCGGUUCCAGAAAAUGCGAAUGCGGCAUUUUAGGCACGUGCACCGAUCCGACGAGAUGGUGCAACUGCGAUAGUCAAAUUCCCGCCAUAAAUUCGGACGUUUGGCUCGUCGACGGAGGGGAUCUACAGGAGAAAGAUAAUUUGCCAGUCAAACAACUGCGAUUCGGUGAUACGGGCAGUGCUUUGGACGAUAAAGAAGGUCGUUACACUUUAGGGCCAUUGAUUUGCGAAGGAGACGAUCUAUUUAACAACGUUAUCACGUUUCGCGUAUCCGAUGCGACGAUUAAUUUACCAACGUUCGAUAUGGGUCACAGCGGUGAUAUCUACUUUGAAUUUAGGACUGCCACAGAAAAUGCAGUUCUGUUUCACUCGACAGGUCCUACUGACUACAUAAAAUUAACUCUUGUCAAUGGAAAUCAAAUCCAAUUUCAAUACCAAGCAGGAUCGGGACCCAUCGCGGUCACCAGGGAAGUUUCGUACAGAUUGAACAAUGACAAAUGGCAUUCCGUAUCGGUUGAAAGAAAUCGAAAAGAAGCGAUGUUAGUUAUAGACGGAGCGCUCAAAGCGGAAGUGCGCGAACCUCCAGGACCCGUCAGAGCAUUGUAUUUGACGUCUGAAUUCAUCAUCGGAGCAUCCACCGAUUAUAGGGACGGUUUCACAGGUUGUAUACGUGCUCUGCUCAUCAAUGGUCUGCACAUCGAUCUUCGCCAGUACGCAAGAAUGGGUUUGUACGGGGUAUCAGAAGGCUGUGUGGGUAAAUGUCAAAGCGAUCCUUGCAUGAAUAACGGUACGUGCUUCGAGAAAUACGACGGUUAUUGGUGCGAUUGUCGUUGGACGGCGUUCAAAGGGCCCAUUUGUGCCGAUGAAAUCGGUGUCAAUCUACGGCAAAGUUCGAUGGUUCGGUACGAUUUCGAAGGAUCAUUCCGAUCGACUAUAGCGGAACAUAUCAGAGUUGGAUUUACGACUACCAAUCCUAAAGGUUUCCUUCUUGGUAUGUUUUCGAACAUAACCAAAGAAUACAUGACGAUUAUGGUCUCCAAUUCUGGACAUUUGAGGAUCGUUUUCGAUUUUGGCUUCGAACGUCAAGAAGUUAUUUAUCCAGAGAAGCAUUUCGGUUUGGGACAGUACCAUGAUUUGGUGGUUUCGAGGAAAAACGGUGGCGCAACAUUAGUCAUGCAGGUUGACGGUUAUGAGCCAGUUGAAUUCAAUUUCAAUAUUAAACAAUCUGCAGAUGCUCAAUUCAACAAUGUUGAGUACUUGUACAUCGGUAAAAACGAAUCCAUGACGGAAGGUUUUAUUGGAUGCGUAUCGAGAGUAGAAUUCGAUGAUAUUUAUCCUCUUAAGUUGCUUUUCCAACAAGAAGGACCUGGAAACGUCAAAUCGCUUGGAACGAAUUUAACUGAAGAUUAUUGUGGAGUUGAACCCAUUACUCACCCGCCCGAUGUUAUACCAACCAGACCUCCACCGGUUAUAGACGAAGACAAAUUAAGAAGGGCCUAUAAUCAGGUCGAUUCCGCUGUUUUGGGAAGUGUGCUGGCGUUAAUUUUCAUAGCCCUCGUAAUCCUUCUCAUAUUGAUCGGUCGCUAUCUUCACAGACAUAAGGGAGAAUACUUGACCCAAGAAGAUGCCGGUGCUGAUACAGCUCUAGAUCAGGACACUGCCGUUGUUCAUGGUACUACAGGCCACCAUGUCCAGAAGAAGAAAGAAUGGUUCAUUUAGUACCGAUAACUAAAAGAAGUAAUUUUAAAGAAAUGGCCUAAUAGUACAACUUAAUCAUUUUUGUAUUCGUUUUUUUUUUGUUGGCAUUUGAAUGUUAUUGCAAUUUUAAUUUAAGGAUACAUACUGUACUUUACUGCCGGAGCAGCUGCAAGGUUGCGCUAAAAAAGCGUAGAGAUGUUUAAUAAAAUCUUGUAGCACAGACGAAAAAUUGCCAAAAACCUUCCGAUUAAUUUUAGAUAAUAAGUUAGCUAUUCAUUAAUAACUCCUUUGAUUGCUAAUACGGCUUCAAAACUAGCUGCAUAAAGAUUUGUUAGUGGUAAAGUACUGUAUAGUGAUUCGCAGGAAAUUCUUAUUGAUUUUCUAAAUGCAGCUUCUUACAGCGUUGCUUAAAAAACGUAUGCAAGCGUUUUCAGUCAAUUAAAUAAAUGAAAUGACUGAACAUUUGUAUUGAAUAUAGUAAUCUCUGCAAGCAGAUCAUCGUUUUAGUUAAUUUUUUGAUUUAUAAUGUGUUCAAUAUGUUUAAUGCAAAUUUUUAAACGCAUUUUGAAUUGAAAUAAUGUCGAUCUUUCGGAUAAAAUUCAUUCUUAAUGAACCUUAUUAUGUACACAAAAAAUAUUACAAAAUUUACGCAAUUCAAUUAAAUAAAAAGAUACAUCAUAAGUUUUUUACAAACUUUCAGAGGCCUAACUUUUGAAUGUUGUAAUAGUUACUUAGAUUUUUGAAAUUGUUAAUAUUUAUUUGGCAACGCAAUGAUAAAAUCGACAUUUUGAGAUUGAAAUUUGAAGAAUCUCAAAUAGUAUUAUAAGUACCACGUAUUUAAUUUUAUACUUAAGUACUUUAGAAUCGGAACUCUCUAGUGGUACCUAUUGUAGAGCCUAAAUUUAUAUAAUUAUAAACCUUAACUAUUUAAUCCUUAUUUCAGUAUUUAAUGAUUAUUUUUUCCGUCCAUUUUUUUAUACAUUUUUUUACGUAUGAUUGAAUUUACAUUUAUUUUGGUACGAUUUUUAAAAUUUUAGUUUGUAAGACAAGUGCCUUUGGCAUUUUAUUACGUUUCGAAAACGAAAUAUUUGUUCUUCUGUAUAUUUUAAUUUUUACCUGUAGCAUAAAGUUUAAAAUCAC